AUGGCUGGUGACAAUGCUGAGGAGCUGAGGCUUCUUCAGAUGAUUGGAACCCCUCGGUACCCUCGUCGAGGCCCAGCAACAGGGGAUCAGAAAAAGUCACAUGCGACCUCUCAGCAAAGCGUUGUGGCAAAGAUUCAGAAGCUGGGAGGUCCUCGAGACUUUGGAGGCAAGUCCUGCCAUCCGCGUCUUUGGGGACUGCCCCCUCCAGAGGAGUUGCUGGAUAAAGGACGAGCGGCAUCGGCACUGUAUCUGCAGGCCACCAAGGACACGGACACUUCUCUGUUAGAAGCCACCCGAUGUGUGGAAUCUGAUUCCCUGAUGGAGCUUACAGGUGUGGACAGAGAGGAGAAAGCUCCUCCCUGUAAAGGCCCUCUGGAUGAGGACCAUGACAGCCAGACCAGAGCUCAGAGAUCAAAGCCCCUCACAUCAAACACUGUUGGACAAGGACAUGGACUUGGACCUGCUCCCUGCUGCGUGUCUCUGAAGAGUGACAGGUCUAUGGGAGAACCUAUUGACUUCGGAGGUAGACAGCACCGUCAGUGGAGGAGCAGUAUCUGUCAGGAGAAAGAGGCUGAGCUCACCUGUGUGUCUCUGAGGAGUGACAGGUCUAUGGGAGAACCUAUUGACUUCAGAGGUGGACUGGAAUGUCAGAGAAGAUCAAAGCCAUUCACAUCAGAUGAAGCUGGCCUCGGACCUGAACCUGGACCUGCUCCCAUCUGUGAGUCUCUGAAGAGCGACAGGUCUAUGGGAGAACCUAUUGAUUUCAGAGGCAGACAGGACCGUCAAAGGAGAAUGAAUCAGCAGGUGUGUGAUGAUCACACUCUCCACUUUGACCAGCAUGAUCAGACAGAUUUGGACUCCACACUACAGCUGCUUGAGGAGACUGUCAUGACCAUGGUGAAAAAGGAGCUGAAGAGAGUACAAGGGUUCCUCAGACCAGAUGGCCAGAAGAACCUAGAUGAUCAGGAAGAGGAGGAGUUGAAGUGCGUAGAUGAGUUGAUGAGGAGCAGCAGAGAAGCUUUCCUGAAGAUCUUCAUGAACAUCCUGCGGAGCAUGGAGAAGGAUGAGCUUGCGGAUGAUCUGUGGAGCAGAAGUCAUACUGGAGUGUAUGCAGGAGGGUUGAAGAGGAGCUUGCAGAAGAAGUUCCACAGGGUGUUUGAGGGGGUUGCAAAAGCUGGAAACUCUGCCACUCUGAAUCAAAUCUACACAGAGCUCUACAUCACUAAGGAGAGCACAGACCAGAUCAACCAGGAGCAUGAGGUCCAACAGAUUACAGAAGCAAACAGAAACCAAACCAGACCAGAAACUACUAUCAUACUAGAAGACCUCUUCAAAGAGUCAACUGAGAGAGGGCAACCAAUCCGGAGCCUGCUGACAAAGGGUAUAGCUGGAAUUGGGAAGACCCUCCUAACACAGAAGCUGACUCUGGACUGGGCUGAAGACAAAGCCCACCAGAACUUUCAGCUCAUGUUUCCUUUCACCUUCAGAGAGCUGAACCUUCUGAAACAGGAGUUGAAUUUUGUGGAACUUGUUCAUCGCUUCUUUCCUGAAACUAAACAGUUAGGACUUGGCAGCUUUGAAGAAGUCCAGGUUCUGUUCAUCUUGGAUGGUCUGGACGAGUGUCGACUCCCUCUAGACUUCAGCUGUCGUGUUCUGACUGAAGCCACAGAGUCCACUUCUGUAGAUGUCCUGCUGACCAACCUCAUUAGGGGGAAGCUGCUACCCUCAGCUCGCCUCUGGAUCACCACACGACCAGCAGCAGCCAAUCAGAUUCCUCCUGAGUGCGUGAACAUGGUGACAGAGGUCAGAGGGUUCACUGAUCAGCAGAAGGAGGAAUACUUCAGGAAGAGGUUCAGAGAUCAGGACCAGGCCACGAUCAUCUCUCACAUCAGGAGCUCACAAAGCCUCUACAUCAUGUGUCACAUCCCUAUCUUCUGCUGGAUCACUGCCACAGUUCUGGAGGACAUGAUGAAGAACAAAGAGAACGAUGAACUGCCCAAGAGCUUGACUGAGAUGUACAUCCACUUCCUUGUGGUACAGGUCAAAGUCAAGAAGAUCAAGUACCAUGCAGGAGCUGGGACAGACAGAUGGGAUCCUCAGAGCAGGAAGAUGAUUGAGUCUCUGGGAAAACUGGCUUUUGAGCAGCUGCAUAGAGGAAAUUUGAUCUUCUAUGAAUCAGAUCUCAUAGAAAGUGGUAUCGACAUCACAGAUGCUGCAGUUUAUUCAGGAGUAUUCACACAGAUCUUCAAAGAGGAGAGAGGACUGUACCAGGACAAGGUUUUCUGCUUCAUUCACUUAACUGUUCAGGAGUUUCUGGCUGCUCUUCAUCUCCACCUGAAGUUCUUCAACACUGGACUCAACCUGCUCCAUUCACAGCAACCAUCCAUCCUGUCAAGAGUAAUUGGAAACAAACAUCAGAUAAAGCAAUUUUACCAGAGAGAAAUAAAAAAAGCUGUGGAAAGUCCAAAUGGACACAUGGACUUAUUCCUGCGCUUCCUUCUGGGUCUAUCUCUACAGGCCCGACAGAGCCUCCUUCAAGGUUUAUUGACACAGACAGGGAAAAGUUCCUGGACCGCUCAGGACACAGCAGAACUCAUCAAAAGGAAGAUAAAGAAAAAUGUGUCUCCAGAGAGAACGCUCAACCUGUUCCACUGUCUGAGUGAAGUGAAGGACACUUCUCUUGUGGAGGAGGUCCAACAGCUGCUGGAAUCGGGACUUCUCUCUGCAGAUCAACUGUCUCCUACCCAGUUGUCUGCCCUGGCCUUCAUCAUCGUGUCCUCGGAGAAAGAUCUGGAUGUGUUUGACCUGAAGAAGUACUCUGCAUCAGAGGUGUUUCUUGAGAGGCUGCUGUCAUUAGUGCAACGUUCAAAAGAUGUUCUACUGAGAGAGUGUGGACUGUCAGAGAAAAGUGGUGGACUUCUGUCCUCAGUCCUCAGCACUAAGUCCUCUAGACUGAAAAAACUGGACCUUAGCUACAACAUCCUGCAGGAUUCAGGGGUGGAGCAACUAUCUUUUGGACUGAAGAGUCCACACUGUCAACUGGAGACUCUCAGCCUGUGGCGGUGUAAUCUGUCAAAGAGAAGUGGUGAACAUCUGUCCACAGUCCUCUGCACUUCCUUCCCUCCUGAGUCCUCACGGCUGAAAGAACUGGACUUAAGCUACAACAAGCUGCAGGACUCAGGAGUAGAGAGUCUGUCUGCAGGUCUGAUGAGUACAAACUGCCACCUGAAGACUCUCAGACUGUUGCAGUGUAAUCUGUCCAAGAGAAGUGGUGAACUUCUGUCCACAGUCCUCAGCUGUCCGUCAACUAGUCUGACAGAACUAGACCUGAGCUCCAACUAUGACCUACAGGAUGAAGGAGUGAAGCUGCUGUCUGCUGGACUGAAGAGUCCACACUGUCAACUGGAGACUCUCAGCCUGAGGGACUGUCAGCUGUCAUACACAAGUGGUAAACUUCUGUCCCCAGUCCUCAGCUCACCGUCCUCUCGCCUGAAACAUCUGGACCUAAGACGCAACAAGCUGAAGGAUGAAGGAGUGGAGCUGCUGUGUGCUGGACUGAAGAGUCCACAUUGUCACCUGGAGACUCUCGGUCUGUCGUGGUGUAGGAUCUCUGAGAGAGGCUGUGCUUCUUUGGCCUCAGCUCUGACCGCAAACCCUUCCCAUCUCAAAGUGCUGGACCUAGGCUACAAUCAUCCAGAAGGACCAGGACUGCAGCAGCUGUUUGCUGGAGUGAAUAGUCCAGACUGGAGUCUGGAGGCUGUCAGGGUGGUUCAUGGUGGACCAGAGUGGUCUGCCGUGAGGAACAAGCCGGCAGCCAAAACCUGGGUGGAGUUCUCAAGGAGGAAUAACAGGAAUAACGGGGGAGUCAUUAGCCUCCCAAACAGUGACGAGGUCCAGUCUCUCCUACAGAAGGAUGUGAUCAAGCCCAUGAGGGCGCAGGAGAUGGAGGGAGGGUUCUACUCCUGUAACAUUGCGGUUCCCAGAAAGCUUGGAGGAUUCAGACCUAUCCUGGACCUCAGUUUCCUGAACAGGUUCCUGGCCUGUCUACGGUUCAGAAUGCUGACAACAAAGAGACUUUUGCAGUGCGUCAGGCCGAGUGACUGGAUGGUCUCCUCUGACCUUGCAGAUGCCUACUUCCACAUCUUGUUUUGCAGGAGCCACAGGAGGUUUUUCAGGCACUUUCUGUACAUUUGUCUACCGUUUGGGGACUCUCUGGCCCAGUGCACCUUCACCAAGUGUGUGGAGGUGGCGCUCAAACCACUGUGCAGAUCCAGAUCACAUAAGGCCACUGGGGUUGUGUGUGAACUUCAGCAAGAGCUCGCUGAGAUCCAGUCAGAAGGUGGUCUUCCUGGGAGUCAGCCUGGACUGAGGAACUUAGCCAGCCCUCCACCAGCCAUUGAGCAUUGUUCCUACCUCCGGUUGCUACAGCUGGCUGGGAUCACGCCACUUGAUGAGUGCAAGGUCAUCUACGUGAUGAGAAAUCCGAAAGAUGUGUUUACAUCCUCCUUUCAUUAUUAUGGGAUGGCGUCAUACCUGGUAGAUCCUGGUCCCAAAGCUGAAUUCCUCCGGAAGUUUCUCGAUGGUCAAAUCAUGUUUGGGUCCUGGUUCGAUCAUGUGAAGGGGUGGCUGGCCUCUGAUAACAAGGAGCGAGUAAUGUACAUCUCCUAUGAAGAAAUGAAAAUGGACCUGAAGGACGCUGUCACCAGAAUGGUUCAGUUUUUGGGAAAAUCUCUGGACGCUGACGUGAUUGAGAAGAUAGCUGAUCGGUGUUUGUUCCACAACAUGAAGCAAAACAAGAUGUCAAACUACUCUUUGGUUGGCCGGGAAUACAUGGACCAGGAAAAGUCAGAAUUCCUCAGAAAAGCUGAUCUGGACCUGGACACCAGCAUCAUUGUCGUCCAGGACACUUCCACUGCCACGUUACUUCUCCUCACUGCCCCUCCACUGUCUGUCAGGUCUGGGUGUGGACUACAAGGCCUUGACUAUAUCAGAAAUCACCUCGAUGAUGUCACCAGCACAAACAGCAGCCCCUCUGAGGAAGAUGACUUCUUUGCAUCUUUAGAGCAGCAUUUGCAGCCGGUGAGAGACGUUUCAGUCGUGCUGGAUUCCUGCUGCACGAUCACGGCUUCACCACAAGAACCUUGA